AUGUGCGCGACUCCGGAUCCAGCCGCGGCGCCGACCGGCUCGCCGCGCUCCAACACCGGCGCAGCAGCCGGCGACGGACCCGCCGAGGGACCCAUCACGGCGGAUCCUGCGCUCGAUACCGAUGAUGAAAGCCAGGCAGACACGGCAAGCGUUGUCUCGUCGUCUGCGUCCUUGACUGAGAGCAUCACCGAGUACCGCCGCCUUCAUGGCCGCACGUACACGCAGAAGACGGACUACUACGGCCCCAAUGAUGAGAAGCAGAACGAGGGUCUCGAGAUCAACCACUACUGGAUGACGGUGUUCUUGGACGACAGGCUCUUCCUCUCUCCGAUUGGCGACAACCCACAGAGAGUCCUUGACGUCGGCACGGGAACCGGUAUCUGGGCCAUCGACUUCGCGGACGAGUUCCCCUCAGCCGAGGUCUACGGCAUCGAUAUCUCGCCCAUCCAGCCCGGCUGGGUGCCCCCGAACUGCAAGUUCCAGAUCGACGACAUCGAGAAGAUGCCAUGGUCGUGGCCCGCGGCGCACUUUGACUUUGUGCACAUCCGCAACCUCGAGGGCUGCGUCUCCGACUGGCCGGCGCUCUACACCGAGGCGUUCGAGAUCCUGCAGCCCGGCGUCGGGUACAUCGAGGUCAAGGAGACCGACUUCGAGGUGCGCUCGCAGGUCAUCCCGGACCUCGACGACGAGCACCCGUUCAAGCGCUGGGCCAAGGUCAUGUUUGAGGCGUUUGACAAGAUGGGCAAGACGGCGCGGCAGCACCGCGACCACGGCAUCAGGAAGAACCUCGAGGCCGCGGGUUUCGUUGACAUUGUGGAGAAGACGUGGCCGAUCCCGAUUGGGAACUGGGCGAGAGACCGCAAGUUGAAGGAGGUCGGGUUCUGUCACCUGGAGUUCCUCGACCAGUCUCUCGAGGGCUUCGGCACCUUCCUCCUCAAGGAGAUCAUGGGAUGGGAGUACGCGGAGAUCCUGGUAUUCAUGAGCGAGAUGCGCAGGGAGCUCAAGAAUGCGAAGAUUCAGCCAAAGAUUGAUAUCCAUCUUGUCUACGCGCGUAAACCGGAGCAGGCAAAGAAAUAG